ACUAAAACAUUAUAUGAACAACAACACGGGGAGGAGAGAGAAAUUAUGUGAAUCGGGCGACAAAAUCGGCGAAAUUCUUCGUGACUCAGUUUUCAGAUUUUGAUGAUUAAUCAUUAGAUUAUAUUGUUUUUCGAUCUUUUCUUUUCAAUUCUUGUUUAUGUUUUAAGUUAGAUAACAUCUAUUUCGUUUGUAUUUUAGUUUUCAUUUGACAUAAUUCUGUUCUGAGUUCGGAAUUAGUUUUUUUUUUAUGAUUAUUGUCUCUUAGUUUUAAUUGACUCUAAAUUUCGAAUCUGGUUUUCAUGGAAGAGUAAUUUCUAGUGCUUGGGUAAAGAUUUACUUUCUAAUCUAUCUUUGGAUUGCCACUUACCGGAUUCAUGGAAAAAUCUGCUAAGUGGUGUUUGGCGGAUCCCCUUCUAAGGCAGGUUACUGGGUGGUGGGUUUUAUUCUGGCAACUGGUAACACUUGUUAGAAGCAGAUCAACACGUGGAUUUGUAAAUCUAUGUUGGGAGAUUUUCUCAGAGAAUACUGAUAUAGUAAUCCUGCAAAAUCCUAGGUAUGUAAUCAUGAGAGCUUUUAAUGUCUUCUGUUGCUACAGUUUGGAAGAAUUUUUGGUUUUAUUUACUGGAGGAAGAAAAAUUAAUUGCAUGCAAUUCUAUAAAGAAAAUUUGUUACAAGUGGCAGAUAUGCAUAGUAUAAUUUUUCUUAAUUAUAAUUCUUCCUUAGUUAUAAAAUAAAGAAAGAGGACGAAAAAGUUUAUGAAAAGUUUUUCAACAGUUCUUCUUUCCUUGUGUUACUGGUUUCUGAUUUCUUAUGCAAAUCUUUUUCAAAAGAUGGAUAAUCCAAUUAUUUCUCAAGGUCUCAGUACAGUAGCUAAGUUAAUGGAGGAAAAGGCUAAUAUGUCUGAUGUAGAAAACUAUAAGCUGCUGUAGUUCAUCAAGAAAGAUUCUUUAUGUAUCAAAAAUGGGGAUUCUAUGGAGCUGGUGGGUAAGUUGUUUAGAAAAGAAGGUUUCUACAAUUCAAAAAUGAGGCUAGAUCAAGUCAAAAGAGAUUUGAGAAACAAAUGGGAUCUUCAAUGGAAUUUGGAGGUAAGGGAGACUAGAACAAAAAAUUUGUAUUUUCUUGCUUUUGAAGAUCCUGAAGAAUUUGCUAGAGCAGUCAUGUCUCAUGCAUCGGUAGAUGGUAAGCUUUUGGUGUUCAGAGAGAAAAUAGAUCAAGUAAGACAUUCAUAUUUAAAUUUUAACAAGUACUUAUUUUGGACUGUCUUUAAGUUUACUAGUUUUACUGCUGAUAGAGUGUAUAUGGCUAGGAAAGUAGCUAAGCUAUUGGGGGAGGUGUUAAUGAUGACUGGUCCUCAUGGUGUAGAAUAUAAAGCUUUGAUUAUUGUUGAUUUAACUAAACCUCUGGUUAAGAAAGUAGACAUGGUUCUAGAGGAUUUGGGUAUAAGGAAAAAGCCAGUUGAGAUUGAUUAUAUUGGACUUCCAGCUAGAGUUUGUACUUAUUGCAUGUGGAUCAUGCAUCCUCCUGGCUAUGAUUGUAGAAAUGAUUCUCCUGAUGUGGUUAGGGAUGUCCCAGUUGUAGUUGGUACUAAAGAUGAAGCAAGAAGUUUUUUGGCUUUGAAAAAGAACAAGGCUAAGCACUGGAAGAGAACAUACCAGACAUCUAAUGAAUUUAGAAGUUUAAUUGAUAAGAAAGUUGUUAACAGAGCAAAUGGGAAGAGACAAAGAAUGGAUAUAGAUUGGAAGUGUCCUAAUCCUGAUGUUAAGGCUAGACCUGUGGUGAUUAAGGAAGGAGGAAUUGCUGAGAAGACAAUUGAGCAGAGAAAAGGAAAAGAAGCUAUAGAUGAAUUUGAGGAGUAUGAAAAAGAAAGAGCUGAGAAAAUUGCAAAAGAAAAAUACUUUCAGAGUCUAAUUGAAGGAAAGCAUUAUUUGCAAGGUUAUGCUUGGUUGUUGGCUGAAUACAAGGAUUUGGGGAGAUGUGAACCAUCUGAGAUGAUAUCAUCUGUCUUGAUUGUUAAUGAAGGGGAUCCUAGUCCAAUUAACCCAACACCAAUUUUAGCAGCUGAAGAUGUUAUUGCUGAGGAUGCUGUGGUUUCGGACAAAGUAAAAAAAUCUAAAGAUUGUGGAAGGAAAUUCGAGUACCGAAAGCGCUAAUUUGGAUUCAACUCCAGUUCAGAAUGUGGAGAAUCCCUUGCAGUAAAGAGGGCUUUGGAAUGGGCGCAUGAGCUUCAAAUUCAAGAGGUGCAGGUGCAAAGUGACUGCAAGAAUGUUACGAACUUUUUGAACAACAAACCCUCAACAUGUGAAUGGAGAGCUAAAGUUAUUUUGAAUUAUGUGAAGGUUCUUUUGGAAAGAAUGGAUAAUAGUAGUGUGGUUUAUGUAAAUAGGUGUUUAAAUAAAGAAGCUAAUGACUUAGCAAAAUGGGAAAGAAAACAAAAGGUUUUUUUUUUUGGUAAUGGUAAUUCCCUUCUUGUCAGCCUUAAGUCUAAUGUAAUCAAAGAUCUAUUACCAGGCUGUGACAUUCUGUACAUAAGUUUGUUUAGUGUUUAAUUUAAUGUUGUUUUAUUAAAAAUAAAAAUAAAUUUAAACAUUA